UGAAGCCAAAACGCAGCUCGUUUAUCUAAAGUUUAUCAAUAUAUUAGUCCAAUAAAUAGUAAAAAUAACCAAAAUUAGAAGAUAUUGACUGGCAAUCGAAUGACUCAGCACAUUAACCGAGAACAGCAGCAGCGAGCGCGCAGGCUCCAAUAAAAAAUGUAAAUUGUGCAGCCAAACAAGCCAAACCAAGUGAAACUAAGAAAGCAAUAUAGAGAUAAAAUUUGUGCCUCUUAUUUAUACCGGCUCUGUGCUAUUCGGCGAGCGGGCGAAACCACCAUUCCAGCCACAACAUCCGCUGAGCCCUGCGAUGGCCUCCCUACAUUCCAGUUGGCGUUUUGGCAAAAGAAGCAAAUUACAAUUACGCAUUAAAGUUUCCCAAGAUCCGGAGGAUUUCUAUCGACUGGAUCCCACAAGAUCGGCGGCGGAGAAUGCCUUUGACAUCUACUCGAUGCUCUGUCGGGAGGAGACCCGUGACACCAAGCGCCUGUUCCUGCUCAAUGCUUUGGCCUCGCUCUGCCUGGCCGCCCGCAAGGGAUCGCAUCACAGCAAUCUGCGCUUCAGCACAGAGGAGCUGCUCUUCUGCCUGAGUGCAUCGCUGGUGCACACGUUCACCCAAGUGAGGGCGGCGGCACUGCGCACCAUCCGCUAUGCUUUGAGCACGCCUAAGGACAUUAAGGCCUUCAAUUCCCUCCAGCUGCAGCAUCUGUUGUGUCGCUCUAUUGACCUAAUGCUGAAGAAUGACGAUGAGCGGGUGCAGGCCCUCAAGCUGGUGCGAAAGAUGCUGGCCAUUGCCCCCGAGGACAUCAGUCCGGUGGUGGUGCGAUGCCUCGUCUCGUUGGCGGACAGUGGCAUCGAGGAGAACGACAAUCUGCUGCGUGCCUGUCUGGCCACGCUGGCCGAAAUUGCUGUUCUCAAUCCCGCCCUGCUCAUUGUCUGCGGCGGCGUCACCUCCAUCACCCGCAAUGUACUCGAGUGCCACAAUCCCCGCAUUGCGGAGAGUCUCUGCGGCGUCCUGCUCUAUCUGCUCGAGUGGCCACAAACGCGAAACAUGUGCGGAGUGCGUCUGGAUUGCCUGGCGGCCCCGUACUGUGACUUCACCUACAGACUGGGCAUCAUGGACAAGAACAAAGAUGCACGCGAACUUCGCUACACGAGCUGCCGGCUGGCAUUGCUCUCCGUUUUGCGCAGCUGGACGGGCACCCUCGAAUUCUGUGAUCCAAGCAAACCCUCAGGCCUGCAAGCAAUAGUCGACGCUUUAUAUUUAAAUCAAGUUGAAGUCAGAAAAGCAAUAUUGGAUUUGCUGUACGAGCUGCUGUCGCUCCCGCAACCCGCCUGGACGGAUGACUAUGCUGUGGCUCUGCAGGCAGUGGAUCCCUCGGACUUUCAGGACUCGUGGCUGCUAAGCAAUGGCUUCGUUUCCGCCGAGGGACGUUCGAUUCUGCCCAGUCUGGCUGCCCGGGCCCCGAAUGUUGUCGAACAGCAUUUGGCCCUGCUGCUGUACUGCUUCCUGGAGACGGGUCUGCUGAAUGCCCUCGUAGAGGUGGCCGUUGCCAGCGAUCAGUUCAUUUCGGUGCGGGCCACCGUCCUCAUUGGUAAGAUCCUGCAGCUGAUGCACACACACCUGCCGCCGGACAUUUGUUGCACCAGCCCAGCCCUGCCCACGCUCAUUGGCCAUGCCACGCAGGGGAAUCAACAGGCCAAUGCCUCGGUGGCUGCGCUUCAGAACUACCAGAAGAUGCUGCGCCAGAGGCCGGCAUCGUGCAGUCUAUUUCUAGACAGUAUUAUCCAAGGAGGAGCCCUCAUUCAGACGCGACUCUUUCGACGCCACCUCAACGUGCAGGAGCAGCAGGGCCCCGCCCUGCAGCUACAGGAUACGGCUGCGGCGGCGGGCUCCUCAGUGCCGCUAUCGGGACAGUUUCAUGCCACCUUGGAUCGUCAGCGUCUCGAUUCGGUAUCCUCCAGCGAUGAGUCACAAUCGCAAUCCUCCUCGAAUUCCUUACGUUCCAGCUUUCGAUUGAAACGGAAAUUCAUGCCGCAGGCUCUGUUUGAUAAUUUUCGAGCCCUAAAUCGCCUGCUCACCGGCUCCCGCGUUCUAACCCAAACGGAUGCGAAUCUAUGGGAUUGGGAUGUCAUUACCACGAUCCUCAGGUCAAAUUGUACACGAAAGCUCGACUUUACGCUGGGAAAAUUCCUGAAACGAUUGGUGGACUUUUACAAGCCAAGCAAUAAUCGAUUUUCGCAUCAGGAUCUGGUGCCAGGACACAGCAUGCCAGCGUUUGUCAGUGCCGGGCUGGAUUUGAUAGAUGUCCUGGUAGGCAGCAGACAGCUGGAAUGCAUGCGUUAUAUCACGGACUACUUUUCGGACAUUAGCCAGCAUCUGCUGGCUGUGACCACAUCGAAUCGGGCACACGACUGUCUGUUUAGUCCCCAGCACAUGAACAAUACCAUGUGCCAGCAGUAUUUCCUUUACAUUGGACGCAUGUGCCGCACACGGAAGGGCAUUGAAGUACUCAAGAAUACAACUGUCUUUGAAUACCUGAUCACUUUGGUGCGUGUCACGGAUCAUGUGUGCUACGUGAAGCUGAUUGUCUCUGGCCUCAAUUACAGCUUCGAGAAGCUCCCCAGGCAGGUGCUGGAGAAGGCGCUGACCUCUGCCAAGACGCGCAGCGGGCGUUUGUAUGCCACACAGUUUAUGGCCGUACUACUGCGUGCCCGCCUGCCGCACUUUGAGGUGUGGGGCAUACCACUGAUCAUACUCCAAACGAAGGAUGCCGACCGCAGUGUGGUGCUGGCAGCCAUGGAGGUGCUGGAGGAGGCCUGCCAUGACAAGUACUAUUUAGAGGAAAUUGUCAGCCUGUGGCCGAAUCUGACGCUGCGCGGGGACGUGGGUCGCCUGCUGAUGUCCCGCUAUUACUCGCUGUCGCGCGGCCUCAACAGCAGCCUGGCCCGCAUCGAGGAUGAGAUCAAGUACUGGCGGAAUGGCUACAACAAGCGAUACGUGCUGCUCGUCGAGGCCGACACCCACUCCAGCCUCACGCUGCACAUACGCAACGAGGAUGGCUACUAUUCGCGACGCAACUGUAACCAGCGGCCCCAGACAGUGCCCCCGAACAUUGCCCCCCAUCUGUACGGACAGAUGGUGCAGACCAGCCAGGGCAUGACGGCGCUGAGUAAAUUCGGGGAUCUUCCCCAGCUGCUGGACCUCCUGACACGGGCCAAAUGCACAGACGAUGCCGAAUGUCUGGAACUGAAAGCGGCCGUCUGGGCUCUGUCCCAUGCCUCCACCCAUGCGAAUGGAAUUGAAUAUUUCGUGGAACAGAAUGCCAGGCUCUAUGAGAAGCUGAUUGUUUUGGUGACCAAAUGCGAGGUAUAUUCGGUGAGGGCCACCUGUUUCAGUGCCCUGGGCCUCAUAGCAGGCACCCAAGCGGGCGCUAAUAUACUCUUUAAGCUGAAUUGGCUGAGCGUGCGGCAUGAUAGGAACACCAUGUGGCCUGUGCAUCAGCCAGAGGAUUGGAUGUCCAAUCAGUACACACCGGUGCGGCAUUACUACGAGGAUGCGCCGCCGUAUAACAUUACCGUGCUGGAGGAUCAGAUCGAUGGAUCUUAUUACACGGGCUCCUACUACUGGAAUCUGCUCAUCGAUCAGACAGAGCCCAUGGGCGUCGGGACGGGAACGGGGACUGCUGUUGGAGGAGGAAUUCAGGAUCCAAAUUCAACGGCCACGACCACCACAAUGGAUGAUGGUCAUGCUUUGGCCCUGCAUGUGAAUCGAACUCUGUCUGGGCCGGUGGCAGCCGCCAAAUCGAAAACCCUGCCGGAGGGCAGCAACCUGCGUCAGGGUAAGCAUCAGCGCUCGCUCUCCGAAUCGAAGACUACAGAUGUGAUUAGCCUGCUGGGCGGCGGCGGCACUGGCGGGGGUCUCUAUCCCAUGCCCUACCAGCAUCAGCACCAGCACCAGCAGCAGCAGCACCGCAUACGGUACAACUCCUGCACAGACUCAAACACCUCGGGCGUGAGCAGCUGCGAAUCGGUUACGGGACGAACGGCCGCUGCUGCAGCCGCUGCGGCGGCAAAUAUGAGCGAAUUGCAGCAAUUCCCGCUGAGUCCCAUACCGAGCAUGUCCAAUCUGCUGGAGAGCGAAGAGCUUAUACGGCUCCAUUCGAUAGCUACCAGCCAUAGCGGGACGGCGAACACCACACUCAGUCCGAUGGCCGUGAAGGGGUACGCCCAGCUAAGGGUUCUGCGCGCCCACAGCCGCCCAGUCCUGGAGUCGGCAGCGGAAUUGCAUGACUUUAUACACAAGCAGGACUGGAGUUAUCCAAAGCCCAGGUUGAGCAAGGUGCGACGACGCCUUUCUACAGGGGAACUGAACGUCCUGCUGCCCACGCUGAAUGCUCCUAAAUUUCUGCCGCAGAAUGAUAUGCAGGGGCCGUGCUAUGCAGGCAUUUGUCUGCCCAAAAAUGUGCUGGAUCUGUUUCCCACGCGCAAUCUCAGUCGAACGUAUGUGUCGCGUGACAUACAGGACCAGGACCUCAUGGGCAUCAAUCUGUUGCUGAGCCAGCGGCUUCAGUUCCUCAACGAUUCGCUGAACAACGAGGGCGGCGACGAGUCCUCGGUCAUAUCGUCGCUCUCGGACGUAUCCUCGGCGAGCCGCCGCCAACCCCGUCAGUGGCAGCAGGGCGCCAAGCAUGCGCGCAGCCAGUGCCUCCAUUGUGCCCGGUCUCCGCGUCAGCAGCGUCAGGAUAGUGUUGGCAGCCAGAGCAACGGUGCAGGUGGAGGUGGUGGUGCGACCCUAGCACCCUGUGAGCUGUACAGCAGUGCAGCAGCGGCCCUGGUGGCGGCUGGCAUCCAAGCCGGCCCAGUUCUGGCCAAAAAGAGCAGCGGCAGCGGUGGCUCCGGCUCUGGCAGAGUGCCGCUGGGCACGGACAUAAGCUUCCAUUCGCCGGAGAGCAUGCUGAGCGAGGAUAGCCUGCCGGACAGGCUGACGGCCUCCAUUCUAUAUAACGUACAGCGUCUGGCCAAUCCGGUCAGUGCCAAACAAUCGAAGAUGGCCCUGCUGGAGCUCAAGCAGAAGCAUCCGCAUGCCUUUCAGGACAUUUGCCUGUAUUCAGAGUCCUGCAAGACGCUGGGCAGAAGCAGCUAUCGGAUGAGUGCCCGCCGUUUCCUGCAGGAGCUCUUUCUGGACCUCAACUUUGAUGCCUUCUAUGUGGAGCCGCAGCUGAUAAUUGGCACCCGCAAAAUGCCCGCCGAGGAGAAGGCAGAGCCCACGCCACCAUCGGCCAUGCUGUUAGCCCACAAGACGCAAAUGAAGCCCAAGCCGGCCGCCCAGCUGGCCAGCGUAUACGAGACGAGCUGGGAGAAUCUGCUGAUGGAUCAGUCGCCGCGUAUGGUGGUCACCAAGUCUCCCAGUGCCAAUGCCCAGCAGGCGUCCCAACAGCAGAUGAUGCCCCACAACCAGCUGCACAUCGAGGACGACACUGAAGACACCCUGGAGGAUAGCGAAGACGAAGAGGAGGGAGACGAGAACGAAGACGAUGAUCCUGGGGAGGAUGUCUGCGAUGGUAGUGGCGCUGGGACCCAAGCCAGCUCCGUGACGACCGCUCACACAGCCCUGCCCUGCCAUGGGAACAGCAAUCGAAGUAGUAUCUGCACGAUCAGCCAGCAGCCGGUACCGCAGCCGUCUGCAGUCCCUGGAGGUGGGGGUACAGGUACGGCUGGAACGAAUCUAAAGAACGAUAAUCGCCAGUAUACCCGCGGUCGCUUCUACACGCUGGAGCUGGACCUCAGCUGCACCAAGAACAAGUUUCCGAUCAAGGAUCGCAGCCAGACAACGCCCCCCAAGACUUCGCCAACGCCAGUGCCCCAGCUGAAGCGUCAGAUGAGUGCAGAUGCAGAUGCCGAUGCGGAUGCCGAUACGGAUGCUGGCGUUGUGUCGUCCAUUUCGGUGGCCCCCGGGUCCACCUCCUCCACGCUGGACUACUCCACGGUGACCAAGAGCCUGGCGGCAUCCAUGACAAAGCCCGUGGGCAGCCUGUACUGCGAGAAGCGGCUGCAGAGCUCCAAAUCGGAGGCGGUGCUUGACGCCAGACCUGGAGCUGGACCUGCAUCCGGAACGGGUGGGGGGGAGUCGGCGGUAGGCGGCAGCAGCAGGAAUGGCAGCGUCAAAUGGACAUUGAAGCGGGUCACAUCCUAGAGAGAGACAGCAGCCAGAAUAAGAGACUCAAACGCAAUCCCAGAAGACGCAAUCCGGAUGUUUGUAAUAUAUCAAAUCAAAGAGGAAAUUGUAGGCAUAGGAAUAGGCAAUAAGUAAUAAGCAUAAAGUAUAGGGCACACUCCUAACGUAGCAUCGUAAGUUAUAUUUUCUUGUAGUUUUAGUUACUUUCAUAAUUCAGAUUUACAAUCUACGAUUUCCGAUUACUACUUUUGCGUAUAGGGUAUGAUAUUUCUAAUGAAAUUCUAUUCGACCUUAAGCAAAUACACAGAUAGACAGACACGGACAAAAUCCCAAAAAAUACCGUAUAAUUUUCUUAACAACAAACAUUAUAUAUAGUACAUACGUAGGAAUCACAUAAAAAAAAAAUGCAGAUUGCUGAAUGAUGAAGAUGAAUACCUUAAAGCAACCGCAAAAACAAAACAAAAAUACCAACCACAAACCACCGCAAUUUAAUUAAUCAAUUGUACUUAAAAAAACAAAACAAAAACAGGAGAGAACAAAUAUACAGAAAAGGAGGAAAGUCGAGCGCGGAGUGGAUCGAUAUCGAUCCGAUCGCAGACCAUAAACCAGAGGAACGCUUAAACCCCAAGAGAAACUAUCAUACAACAAAACGAACACGUGAAUCGUUCACAAAACAAUUAAAACCAAAUUAAAAAAUGAUUACAUUUAAAAAAAAAAAAUACAAAAGCAAUUGGUUUUUACACUCUUAA